AUGCCUGCGCCGCCCCCGCCGCUCCACACGCGCUCCAGCGACAUGGAUCGCCCGGCGACGCCCUCGCAGGAGGCCUUCAUUAGCCCGCAGCAGACGCCACAGGGCAGCCCAAGCAAGCACCAGCAUCCACCGGGCGCGUUCGACCUUCCGCACGUCUUCGAAAAUGCCAUGCGACUGCUUCCGACGCUGGGCUCGCCCACCCGAUCCAAGCCAGGCACCCCCACGUCGCCCAGCAAGGCGAAUCUGCAGGCAGUUGACGAUGGCGACUACUCGGCCAACGACCUCACCACCCUGGGUCCCGGAAGCCCCACACGCAAGGCCAACAAGGAGAACACGCCGCCGAGCACACGUCCAGGCCUGCAGAAGGAUCCCAGCUACGUCACCCACGCAGCACAGUCACGCCAGGAGCCCUACCGCACUCGUGAGGCCGACCAGUCAGGCCGCUACUACCAGACACAGCGCCUGUCAGCAGAAGACUUGGAGAAGACGAGGAAACCAUCCGUCAAGCGCCUGGCAAAUGUGACGCAACUGUAUUUCCUCGACCACUAUUAUGACCUGCUCUCCUACGUCCAUACACGCCAGAACAGGCUCGCGCAAUUCAAAGCCCAAAACCCUGCCCCCCCUGCCACUCCAGAAGCCGAAUAUAACGACGCCCUCACGCAGUAUCUCGGGCGCGAACGAGCCAAUCUCCGAAAGCGACGCACGCGGCUGAGGCAGGGCGACUUCCAGAUCCUAACGCAGGUUGGACAGGGUGGCUAUGGACAGGUGUAUCUGGCGCAGAAGAAGGAUACGCGCGAAGUGUGUGCAUUGAAGGUUAUGAGCAAGAAGCUUCUCUUCAAGCUCGACGAAGUUCGCCAUGUGUUGACAGAACGCGACAUCUUGACCUCAGCCAAGAGCGAGUGGCUGGUGCGGCUGCUUUACGCUUUCCAGGAUGACAAGAGUAUCUAUCUGGCUAUGGAAUACGUGCCUGGCGGCGACUUCCGCACCUUGCUCAACAACACUGGCGUUUUGCACAAUCGGCAUGCUCGCUUCUACAUUGCAGAGAUGUUCUCAUGUGUAGAUUCUCUGCAUCAACUCGGCUACAUUCACCGAGACCUGAAACCAGAGAAUUUCCUCAUCGACAGCACUGGACACGUGAAGUUGACCGACUUUGGCCUAGCUGCAGGCAUGCUUGCACCGGCAAAGAUCGAGUCCAUGCGGGUCAAAUUGCAAUCUGUUGGGGACGUAGUGUCUCCCUUUGGACGACCCAUGGAAGAUCGGACAGCUGCAGAGCGCCGCGACAACUACCGGUCCCUUCGAGAACGGGACGUCAAUUAUGCCAAGAGCAUUGUUGGCAGUCCCGAUUAUAUGGCUCCCGAAGUGCUCAAGGGUGACGAGUACGACUUUACAGUCGAUUAUUGGAGCUUGGGUUGCAUGCUCUUCGAAGCGCUCGCGGGAUAUCCACCUUUCGCCGGCGCGACCGUGGACGAAACGUGGCAGAACCUGAAGCAGUGGAAGAAGGUACUCCGCAAGCCAGUAUACGAAGACCCCUCCUACUUCCUAUCAAAGCGUACAUGGGACCUCAUCACCCGACUUGUGGCGUCGAAGACAUCCCGCUUCCGCGGCAUCUCUGAGAUUCAUGGCCAUCAAUACUUCGCUGAGGUGGACUGGAAUCGUUUGAGGGACCAGAAGGCGCCCUUCGUACCGGAGCUGGACAGCGAAACUGAUGCCGGCUAUUUCGAUGACUUUGGCAGCGAAGCAGACAUGGCCAAAUACAAAGAGGUCCAUGACAAGCAAAUGGCGUUGGAACAGAUGGCUGACCGUGAUGAGAAGAUGGGCAAAGGCCUUUUCGUCGGAUUCACGUUCCGUCACAAAAAGACCGCUGAUGAGAACGGCAAGCCUGCGAGCCCGCGGAAGCCCCUACCUUCCGUAGACGAGAACUUCGGCACUAUUUUCUAG